AUGGCUGCGAAAGUGUAUCAAUCAGAUCAGGAAUUGGAAACGAAGGUUAAGAAAGCAACUGAGCGUAUAUCUGAAAAUAUGCACAUAGUUGCAAACGAACCAUCUCUUGCCUUUUAUAGAUUACAGGAACAUGUAAGAAAAGCAUUGCCUCCGAUGGUGGAGAAACGUGUUGAAGUGCUUGCUCUUCAACAGCAACUAUUAGGCAGAUGUUAUGAUGUAGAAUAUGCUCAAUUGAAAUACGAAGAGCAACGUAGACAUAAAAAAGACAGCAAUAGAGAUUCUGUAUACAAAAGACUAUCUGCCCACAUUCCAACAUUAGAUCAUUUACCGGAUGAAAUAUCUGAUGUUGUAAGAGAAACUGCAAAUAGAGUAGAAUCCAUGAUGAAUCAUGCUAGACAUUCUACAGAGAUUCAAAAAACAAGCUAA